CUUCAGGAGAUCCUGUGGUGGCGGUGGAGGCCAUCUGGCUGAAGCUUUGUCAGGAUUUAACACUGUGAGCCACCUGCAUGGGUCUCAACCUGAGUUAUUGCAGCCACACGUGUGUGUGUGUCCUGAGCUCGUCCUGUCAGAGCAAAACAACAUGAACCAAGGAGAAAACCAUUACACAUCCACUCAUCACCUGUCAAUCAAAUAGAGGUGUAGUGGUCGCUGUCUCCCAUCCUGAGAAAUAGAGCGAGAGAGAGAGAGCGAGCGAGCUUCAUCAUGGAUUCUAUGUUGAGAGUGAAGAGGUCACUGACGACGCCCAUCAGGAAGCUGACCAGCUGUGUGUCGGGGGUGAAGAAGCAGAGGUUGUGUGCCAAACCCAGGGACAGGAGGGGCAGAGGGGGUCGGAGAGGCAGAGGAGGGUGUAGGAGGUUGGGGAAGACCCCCCCACUCCGAACUGCACCUCCCAAAGACCCGUCAGUCAUCCGCUCGUACCAGGCCGACCUGGAGAAGGAGAGGCAACAGCGGGAGGCGAUGAACGCUCAGAAGAACGCAGAGCGAGCAGCUAUGAGAAAUCAUUUCAGGAGAAAAUACCAGCUCUCCAAGAGCCCGAAGGAUGUGAGCCACCUGAGGUCUGUGGGAGGGAAAGUGUCGCUCCCCCGCAAGCUGUCGGAGAUCAUUUAUCCUAAAACCAAAGCCAAGGACGACAGCUUCAACCUGCUGAGCGCCUUUCAAGGCCUCAGUUUCAACACAGCGCUGGUCACAGGGAGGAAGCACAGCGACACGUCCACUCCUACACCAACUACUGGGGACUCCUGUAAUCUCAUCAGAGCGAUAGAGCACAUCCAAGGAUAUGAGGUUGGUGUUGGAGGAGGGAAAGAAUCAGUCCUGCGGACACCACCACCACGAGGGUAUCACAAUUCUGCACGAGACCCAUGGACACAUCUCACUUGGACCAUGAGGAGCAUGUCCAUCCGAAUGACUGGGUGCACCAGAGCGCCGGGCACCCGAGGGUCCAGACAUGUGUUCUUUGGUGUUGGACCACAAAAGGCUCUGUGUACGAGUGCGGCAGGGACGGUGGUGGAUGGAAAGUUAGAGGGAGGAAAAGGAGCCCAGGGUGCAGGGGUUAGAAAGAGAGGGGUGGAUGGACAGGUGAGGAGCUUUGAGGAGAUCCCUCACACAGGAAGGAAUGGCUGGGUGAACCUGGUGAAGUUCUGGAGAGAAGAUUAUUUCAGUCAGCUCCACAAACACAUGGAAAGGACCUUCAACAGGCUCGGGCCCAUCUACAGGGAGCAUGUUGGCGCGCAAAGGAGUGUCAACAUCAUGUUGCCGAUGGAUAUCGCUGAGCUGUUUCGCUCCGAGGGUCUGCACCCCCAACGGAUGACCCUGCAGCCCUGGGCCACACAUCGUGAGACACGCCAGCACAGCAAGGGGGUCUUCCUCAAGAAUGGCGAGGAGUGGAGAGCUGACCGUCUCCUGCUCAACAAGGAGGUGAUGAUGAGCGCGGCCGUGAAGCGGUUCCUCCCUCUCCUUGACGAGGUGUCGAGGGAUUUCUGUCAAAUGCUGCAGGCAAGAGUGGAGAGGGAGGGGAGAGGAAAGAGGGGGAAACGCAGUCUGACCAUUGAUCCGAGCCCUGAUCUCUUCCGCUUCGCACUGGAAGCAAGUUGCCAUGUGCUGUACGGCGAGCGUAUUGGCCUCUUCUCCUCAUCACCCUCCUUGGAGUCUCAAAAGUUCAUCUGGGCAGUGGAGCAAAUGCUGGCGACCACCCCUCCUCUCCUCUACCUGCCCCAUCGCCUCCUGCUCCGCAUUGGCGCUCCCCUGUGGACCCAGCACGCCACUGCAUGGGACCACAUCUUCAGUCAUGCAGAAACCAGGAUCCAGCGGGUGUACUCGCGCCUGUCAUCCUCCCAGGGUCGAGGGCCUGAGGCUGGGGCAGCUGGAGGCCAGUUCACCGGGGUUCUGGGCCAGCUCAUGGAGAAAGGGCAGCUAUCUUUGGACCUCAUCAAAGCCAACAUCACUGAGCUGAUGGCUGGAGGGGUCGACACGACAGCAGUGCCCCUGCAGUUUACUCUGUUUGAGCUCGGCCGCAACCCAGAAGUGCAGGAGAAGGUGAGGCAGCAGGUGAGAACAUCAUGGGCUCAGGCUGGUGGGGACCCUCAGAAAGCCCUGCAGGGGGCGCCACUACUGAAAGGCACAAUCAAGGAGAUUCUCAGGUUAUACCCAGUGGGAAUUACAGUGCAGCGGAUGCCAGUCAGAGAUAUUGUUCUUCAGAAUUACCACAUACCUGCUGGGACCAUGGUCCAAGCCUGUCUUUAUCCUCUGGGAAGGAGCACGGACGUGUUUGAGAAUCCACAAAGCUUCCACCCCGACAGGUGGAGCAACAGCAGAGAGGGGGGACAGAGAGGAGAAGGGUCAGGGUUUCGCUCUCUGGCGUUUGGGUUCGGUGCGAGACAAUGUGUCGGGAGGAGGAUCGCUGAGAACGAGAUGCAGCUCCUGAUCAUGCAUUCCCUCCUCACCAGUCCGUUCUGA